AUGGAUAUUUUUUGUUUCGCGUCAGUUGUGUUUUAUAUUUUUUUAUUCAAUAUAAAGAAUUCAAAUAGUGUUUUUUAUUUUGGAAAGGAAAUUGGAGAGAGCUAUUCAAAUUCAGAUGCUUCGUUGGACUCUGCACAGUUGUUACAGAAAUAUAAUUACACUACAGAAACGCACAUCGUGAUUACCAACGACGGAUACAGAUUGACCGUAUACCGCAUACCGGGAAAGGGACCACCUGUACUACUUGUUCACGGAAUUGCAGACAGUUCAGAUAGCUGGUUGGUGCUAGGACCGAAAUAUUCCCUGGCCUAUCAAUUGGCAGACGCCGGGUAUGAUGUGUGGCUUUUAAAUUCAAGAGGUAAUCGAUACAGUAAGGGACAUAUCAGAAAUUUACCACCAAAAUUAUAUUGGGAUUUUAGUUAUGAGGAAAUGGGAUUACAAGAUCUACCUGCUACGAUAGAUUACAUACUUUCUAAAAGGAAUUUGUUAAAAUUAAUAUAUAUCGGAUAUUCACAAGGAACAACGGAACUAUUCGUGAUGUGCAGCAUGCGGCCUGAAUAUAAUGCAAAAAUUGAACAUGCAAUAUUAUUAGCACCAGUGGCUGGACUACAACAUCUUAAAUAUCCAUUUAUAAAAUUUUGGUCCCGUAAUUUAAAUGUUGUAAUGUCUUUGACUGAAAAAAUUGAAUUAUACGAGGCCUUUCCUAGUAAUGAAAACCUUAACAAGUUUCAUUAUACAGUUUGUAGGCUGAAUUCUUUAUAUAAAAUAAUAUGUGAAUUGGAAUACUACAAAAAUUUUGGACUACCUCGUCUUACCAAUUUGGUAUCAGAAAAGCUUCCAAUAUUAACUGCCCAUGUACCAAGCGGUACUUCUGCUAAGGUAUUUUUCCAUUUCAUACAAGGGUAUUCAACCCAAAAAUUUCAACGUUUUGACUAUGGAAGAAGAAAAAACCUGGAAUUAUAUUGGUCUUCGAUUCCUCCGGAGUACGACGUUUCAAGAAUAAACGUGCCCCUGACUAUAUUUGCUAGUGAAGUUGAUUGGUAUAGUAAUAACAAAGAUGUAGCAAAAUUGUUAAGUAAGCUUAAAACAGUAGAAAACUAUGUUUUCCUAAAUGAAUCCGUUGGAUUUACUCACCUUGAAUUUGUAUACGGAUCAAGAGUGAACUCUAUUAUUAAUAGGCCAGUGUUAGGUAUUUUAAAAAAAAUUACAAAGUUA